CUGCAAUAUUUCAGUGGUUCUCUUCCGGUUUUUUGCGCCGGUACUCGGAGGCCCCGCCCCUCGACCCGGCCCUUCUUCCUGCGACCGAGAUUUGUUGUGCUCUCGCGAGAACUCUCCCUCUUCCUAGGCCGGCGCUCAGCGAGGUGGGCGGUGCCAUGUUCAGUUCCAGCGCCAAGAUCGUGAAGCCCAAUGGCGAGAAGCCAGACGAGUUCGAGUCUGGCAUUUCCCAGGCUCUAUUGGAGUUGGAGAUGAACUCUGAUUUAAAGGCUCAAUUAAGAGAGCUGAAUAUCACAGCAGCUAAGGAAAUUGAAGUUGGUGGUGGCAGAAAAGCUAUCAUCAUUUUUGUUCCAGUUCCUCAGCUAAAAUCCUUUCAGAAGAUCCAAGUACGACUAGUUCGUGAAUUGGAAAAAAAAUUCAGUGGCAAACAUGUGGUCUUCAUUGCUCAGAGGAGAAUUCUUCCUAAGCCAACAAGAAAAAGCCGUACAAAAAAUAAGCAAAAGCGUCCAAGAAGCCGAACUUUGACUGCUGUGCAUGAUGCAAUCCUUGAAGACCUGGUCUUUCCAAGUGAAAUUGUUGGCAAGAGAAUCCGUGUGAAACUAGAUGGCAGCAGACUCAUAAAAGUCCAUUUGGAUAAAGCACAGCAGAACAAUGUGGAGCACAAGGUAGAAACAUUUUCUGGCGUUUAUAAGAAGCUGACAGGCAAAGAUGUUAAUUUUGAAUUCCCAGAGUUCCAGCUGUAAAUGCAGCAAUGAUUAAAUAAAAUCCAUUGUUCAUAA